AUAUCAAUGAAUGUAAGGUAUUCCCUGGUAUGUGCAUGAAUGGUAAAUGUAGAAACACAAUCGGAAGUUUCAAAUGUAGAUGUAACAGUGGCUUUACUUUAGAUAUGGAGGAAAGAAACUGUACAGACAUUGAUGAGUGCCGGAUCUCCCCAGACUUAUGUGGAAGUGGCACUUGUGUCAACACUCCUGGAAGCUUUGAGUGUGAGUGCUUUGAUGGUUAUGAAAGUGGAUUUAUGAUGAUGAAGAACUGUAUGGAUAUAGAUGAAUGUGAACGCAACCCUCUUCUGUGUAAAGGUGGCACAUGUGUGAACACUGAAGGCAGUUUUCAGUGUGACUGUCCCUUGGGACAUGAGCUGUCACCAUCACGUGAGGAAUGCAUAGAUGUAAAUGAGUGCUCCUUAAGUGACAGUCUCUGCAGAAAUGGGAAGUGUGUGAACAUGGUGGGAACAUACCAGUGUUCCUGCAACUCUGGGUACCAGGCCACUCCUGACAGACAAGGCUGCACAGACAUUGAUGAGUGUAUGAUAAUGAAUGGAGGCUGUGACGCUCACUGCACGAACUCAGAAGGCAGCUAUGAAUGCAGCUGCAGUGAUGGCUAUGCUCUAAUGCCAGAUGUCAGGACAUGUGCAGACAUUGAUGAAUGUGAAAACAAUCCAGAUAUCUGUGAUGGUGGUCAAUGUACCAAUAUUCCAGGGGAAUAUCGCUGCCUCUGUUAUGAUGGAUUUAUGGCUUCUAUAGACGUGAAAACUUGUGUUGAUGUGAAUGAAUGUGAUUUGAACUCCAACAUCUGCAUGUUUGGGGAGUGUGAAAACACUAAAGGUUCCUUCAUUUGUCACUGUCAAGUAGGAUAUUCAGUCAAGAAAGGAUCCACAGGAUGCACAGAUGUGAAUGAGUGUGAAAUUGGUGCUCACAACUGUGACAUGCAUGCCUUGUGCAUCAAUGUACCAGGAAGUUUUAAAUGUAGCUGCAGAGAAGGAUGGGUUGGAAAUGGCAUUAAAUGUAUUGAUCUUGAUGAGUGCUCCAACGGGACCCAGCAGUGCAGUGUGAACGCUGAGUGUGUGAACACGCCGGGGUCGUAUCGCUGUGCCUGUGCAGAGGGAUUCACUGGCGAUGGAUUUACUUGUUCCGAUGUGGAUGAGUGUGCAGAAGACAUUAAUCUGUGUGAAAACGGGCAGUGUUUGAACGUGCCUGGUUCCUACCGCUGUGAGUGUGAGAUGGGAUUCACUCCUGCCUCAGACAGCAAGUCAUGCCAAGAUACCGACGAAUGCUCCUUCCAGAAUAUAUGUGUGUUUGGUACCUGUAAUAACCUACCAGGAAUGUUUCAUUGUAUCUGUGAUGAUGGCUAUGAACUAGAUCGAACUGGAGGAAACUGCACAGAUAUUGAUGAGUGUGCUGAUCCCAUCAAUUGUGUGAAUGGUCUUUGCAUAAAUACCCCUGGAAGAUACGAAUGUAACUGCCCUCCAGACUUCCAGCUGAAUCCUACUGGAGUGGGUUGUGUGGAUAACCGUGUUGGCAGUUGCUACCUGAAGUAUGGACCAAGAGGGGAUGGGAGCCUAUCCUGCAACACUGAAAUUGGGGUUGGAGUCAGUCGUUCCUCAUGCUGCUGCUCCCUGGGAAAGGCUUGGGGAAACCCCUGUGAGACGUGUCCCCCCAUAAACAGCACAGAAUACAACACUCUGUGUCCAGGGGGAGAAGGAUUCAGGCCAAAUCCCAUCACUAUUAUUUUAGAAGACAUUGAUGAAUGUCAGGAACUACCAGGUCUCUGUCAAGGUGGAAAUUGCAUCAAUACUUUUGGCAGCUUCCAGUGUGAAUGUCCCAAUGGCUACUACCUCAGUGAGGAGACAAGAAUCUGUGAAGAUAUUGAUGAGUGUGUUGCACAUCCUGGUGUCUGUGGUCCUGGCACCUGCUACAAUACUUUGGGGAACUACACCUGUAUUUGCCCACCUGAAUAUAUGCAGGUGAACGGAGGACAUAACUGCAUGGACAUGAGGAAAAGCUUUUGCUACAGAAGCUAUAACGGAACCUCCUGUGAGAAUGAACUGCCCUUCAAUGUAACCAAAAGGAUGUGUUGCUGUACGUACAAUAUUGGGAAAGCCUGGAACAAACCUUGUGAACCAUGUCCAACUCCAGGAACAGCUGAGUUCAAGAACAUAUGUGGGAAUAUUCCUGGCUUUACCUUUGACAUUCAUACCGGAAAAGCUGUUGACAUUGAUGAAUGUAAGGAAAUCCCAGGAAUCUGUGCAAAUGGUGUUUGCAUCAAUCAGAUUGGCAGCUUCCGCUGUGAAUGCCCCACUGGAUUCAGCUACAAUGACCUUCUCUUGGUCUGUGAAGAUAUUGAUGAGUGCAGCAAUGGGGACAAUCUCUGCCAAAGAAAUGCAGACUGUAUCAACAGUCCUGGUAGUUACCGCUGUGAAUGUGCUGCUGGAUUUAAACUCUCGCCCAAUGGUGCUUGUGUUGAUCGCAACGAAUGUCUGGAAAUUCCUAACGUUUGCAGUCAUGGUUUAUGUGUGGACGUGCAAGGAAGCUACCAGUGCAUAUGUCACAAUGGUUUUAAGGCAUCUCAGGAUCAGACUAUGUGCAUGGAUGUGGAUGAAUGUGAACAACAUCCAUGUGGAAAUGGAACCUGUAAAAACACAGUGGGAUCAUAUAACUGCCUGUGUUAUCCAGGAUUUGAAUUAGCUCGUAAUAAUGAUUGUGUGGAUAUUGAUGAGUGUAGUUCCUUUUUUGGUCAGGUGUGCAGAAACGGACGGUGCUUCAAUGAAAUUGGUUCCUUCAAAUGUUUAUGUAAUGAAGGAUAUGAACUUACUCUAGAUGGCAAGAAUUGCAUUGAUACUAACGAGUGUGUGGCACUGCCUGGUUCGUGCUCUCCUGGUACCUGCCAGAAUUUGGAAGGAUCAUUCCGAUGCAUCUGUCCACCAGGAUAUGAAGUGAAAACUGAAAGUUGUAUUGAUAUUAAUGAGUGUAAUGAGGAUCCCAACAUCUGCCUCUUUGGGUCUUGUACGAACACUCCAGGGGGUUUCCAGUGCAUCUGUCCUACUGGUUUUGUGCUGUCUGAUAAUGGACGGAGGUGUUUUGAUACUCGUCAGAGCUUCUGCUUCACUAACUUUGAGAAUGGGAAAUGCUCACUGCCAAAGGCUUUCAACACCACAAAGGCAAAGUGUUGCUGCAGUAAAAUGCCAGGAGAAGGAUGGGGUGAUCCUUGUGAGCUCUGUCCAAAGGAAGAAGAAGUUGCUUUUCAGGACCUGUGUCCAUAUGGCCAUGGAACUAUUCCUGGGAUCGAUGAUACUCGUGAAGAUGUCAAUGAAUGCCUUGAAAGCCCAGGAAUUUGCUCCAAUGGUCACUGCAUCAACACUGAUGGAUCAUUCCGCUGUGAGUGCCCCAUGGGAUACAACUUGGAUUUCACUGGAGUACAUUGCAUUGAUACUGAUGAAUGUUCAAUUGGCAACCCAUGUGGAAAUGGGACGUGCACUAAUGUGGUUGGAAGUUUUGAGUGCAACUGUCAUGAAGGAUUUGAGCCAGGCCCAAUGAUGAAUUGUGAAGAUAUAAAUGAAUGUGCUCAGAAUCCCUUGCUGUGUGCUUUUCGUUGUAUUAACACCUAUGGUUUUUAUGAGUGCACUUGUCCAGUUGGCUAUGAACUAAGAGAGGACCAAAAGAUGUGCAAAGAUCUAGAUGAGUGUGCUGAAGGUCUCCAUGACUGUGAAUCAAGAGGCAUGAUUUGCAAAAAUCUGAUUGGCACCUACAUGUGCAUUUGUCCUCCUGGAAUGACCCAGAGACCUGAUGGAGAAGGAUGCACAGAUGAAAACGAGUGCCGCUCCAAGCCAGGUGUCUGUGAAAAUGGUCGUUGUGUCAACGUCAUUGGGAGCUACCGAUGUGAAUGCAAUGAAGGAUUCCUGUCAGGUCCAUCAGGCACUGAGUGUCUGGAUAAUCGCCAAGGGUUUUGCUUUGCUGAGGUGUUGCAGACAAUGUGUCAGAUGGCUUCAAGCAGCCAGAAUCUUGUCACUAGGUCUGAGUGCUGCUGCAAUGGAGGCAGGGGCUGGGGCAACCAGUGCAAGCUCUGUCCUCUCCCUGGAACCGCCCAGUAUAAGAAGCUCUGUCCACAUGGACCAGGCUAUACUACAGAUGGAAGAGAUAUUGAUGAAUGUAAGGUCAUGUCAAACCUGUGCAGAAAUGGACAGUGUAUUAACACUAUGGGCUCCUUCCGCUGCUUCUGCACAUCUGGCUAUACCACUGACAUAAGUGGCACAUCUUGUAAUGACAUUGAUGAGUGCUCCCAGUCUCCUAAACCAUGCAAUUUUAUCUGCAAGAACUCAGAAGGGAGCUAUCAGUGCUCGUGCCCUCGGGGCUAUGUUCUUCAGGAAGAUGGAAAGACAUGUAAAGAUCUUGAUGAAUGUCAAACCAAACAACACAAUUGUCAGUUUCUCUGUGUCAACACCCUUGGAGGCUUCACGUGCAAAUGUCCACCUGGUUUUACACAGCAUCAUACAGCUUGUAUUGAUAACAAUGAAUGUGGUUCUCAUCCAUCACUUUGUGGAUCAAAAGGAAUCUGCCAAAACACUCCUGGAAGUUUUACCUGUGAAUGUCAAAGGGGAUUUUCUCUGGAUUCUACUGGAUUAAAUUGUGAAG